CUGGAUUUAACUGAAAAUGUCUACUCAAAAUGAAGAAUCUGAAGAAUCAGCUCGACGACCUCAAUCAAUUAGUCAUUUGGCACGAGUGGAAGUAGAAGAACCAGCAAGGAAAAUGAGAUUAAUGUUCGGUGAGAAACAAGUGGUCUUCAUCCGAUCGGAUGGUUUGAGAAGCCGAGUUGUUCGGGAGAAUAUGAAGAAGAAGUUGAGUCAAGAAAUUGAGAAAAAGGAAGAUUUGGACACAGAUUCACCAAAUCUCACAAAAGUGAUUGAUGAUGUGGCAAGUGGAGCAACAGGAUCAUCUUCUCUUCCAUCUAGUUCCACUGAAUCAUAUUCAACUUCAUCAUCAUCAUCUUCUUCGUCUUCUGACUUGAAUUCUGCAUAUUCUUCGACAUCUGAGCCUCAAGCAACAAGUUCUUCUGCUCCAGAGUCUUCUACCAACUCCUCUGCAUCUCCAGAAAUCAAAGGAAACAGGAAUUACCAUCCACCGAGGGAAUUUCAUGGUGCAUCAACCAUGGUAAGCCACAAACGACGAUGGACUUAUCAGACAGCAUGUGACAUCAAUGCAGCUGAACAGAGCGGUGAUAGUGAAAUGUAUUACAUCGCCCAUCCACUCCUACCAAUGCCACGUGGCAGCGGACGCAAUGAAGUAAGCACGGCGACUCGAAUGAAUUAUGCGGGUCAACAAAUUGACAAUCGAAAAUUUCGAGGACAGUCAAAAGCUGUGAAUCAGUUUGCGAAUACUGAGAGUGUUACAUGUGAAAAAUGCGGAAUGCGUUAUUUCUUUGAAUCAAUACAAAUGCAGGAACGUAUCUCAUAUUUGUUACCACCCAACGAGGAAGAUCUUCCAAUAGCACUUUUUGAGUGUCCUGUGUGCAAAAUAACUACAAAAGUGAAAUAAUUUUUUCAAAGUUUCCAUCACCACAUCUCGAUAAAUCACACUGAGAAACGGAAUCCUAAUAGAUCGAAUUAAUCAAGCGCCAAUUAUGUCUCCAUUCAAUGGGUGGGGCGGUUUUCAGCCUCACAGAAAAAAAAGAAACUGGAUGAUAAACGACCCCUCCCUUCUAAUUUCAUGAACUUUUUUUCCUUUUUUCCAGAUUACUUUUUCUAGGUUUUUGGUAGUGAUUUAUAUACUCGUUGCCUUUGAACUUUGUCCCAUAGUCUUUCAAAUAGUAAGUAAUAAACGAUUUUUGUCG